UGCUAAUCUUUGUAUUUGAGGAGGAAAAGGAAUAAGAAGCUAGAAAAUGUUCGGAAGAGGACCAAAGAAGAGUGACAAUACAAGGUACUAUGACAUUCUGGGCGUCUACAAGAACGCAAGUGUGGAUGAAAUAAAAAAGGCCUAUCGUAAAGCCGCCAUCAAGAACCACCCUGAUAAGGGCGGUGAUCCUGAAAAGUUCAAGGAGCUUGCACAAGCUUAUGAAGUUCUGGGCAAUCCAGAGAAGCGGGAGAUAUACGAUGAGUAUGGGGAGGACGCACUCAAGGAAGGAAUGGGCGGUGGUGAAGGAAUGCAAGACCCAUUUGACAUCUUCCAGUCCUUCUUUGGUGGGGGAAACCCUUUUGGAGGUGGUGGUAGCGGCAGAGGAAGAAGGCAGAGGAGAGGAGAGGACGUGAUUCAUCCGAUGAAGGUCUCUCUGGAGGAUCUCUACAAUGGAACUACCAAAAAGCUCUCCCUCUCCCGCAAUGUGAUUUGCUCAAAGUGCAAUGGAAAGGGAUCGAAAUCAGGAGCUUCAACGAAGUGUGGCGGUUGCGAAGGUUCAGGAAUGAAGGUUACAAUCCGCCAUCUCGGGCCCAGCAUGAUCCAGCAAAUGCAGCAGCCGUGCAACGAAUGCAAAGGCACUGGAGAGACCAUCAGGAAAGACGACCGCUGCCAGAUCUGCAAAGGCGAGAAGGUGGUCCAGGAGAAGAAGGUUCUCGAAGUUCAUGUCGAAAAGGGGAUGCAGAACGGGCAGAAGAUCACCUUCCCCGGAGAAGCAGACGAAGCGCCUGAGAUGAUUACCGGAGACGUCGUUUUCGUUCUCCAGCAGAAAGAGCAUCCGAAGUUCAAGAGGAAAGGCGACGAUCUGUUCGUGGAUCACACGCUCUCGCUCACCGAAGCUCUGUGCGGAUUCACAUUCAUCCUCACGCACCUGGACGGAAGGCAGCUCCUGAUCAAAUCCAAGCCUGGAGAAGUAGUCAAACCAGACGAAUUCAAAGCGAUCAAUGACGAAGGAAUGCCGGCGUACCAGAGACCGUUCAUCAAAGGAAAACUGUACAUCCGAUUCGUCGUCGACUUCCCCGAUUCGCUGAGCCAGGAACAGGUUGAGCUGUUGGAGUCGAUCCUCCCGCCGAGGCCGAAUCCGCUGCAUUCUGAGAUGGAGAUUGAUGAAUGUGAAGAAACGACCUUACACAAUGUUAACAUCGAGGAGGAGAUGAGAAGGAAGCGCGAGGAGGCGGCUUACGAGGAGGAGGAUGAUAACCAUGCGCAUGGUGGGGCCCAGAGAGUUCAAUGUGCUCAACAAUAGAGAGGAUUUUCGAGAAACUACUUCUUAAUACUGUAGAUUGUUUUGAGAUUUCACUCCAUCGCUUGGAAAGGUAUCAUGAAAGCUAGCAAUGAAAAAGCAAAAUGAUGAGUCCAUCCAGGGGCGUAGCUAGGGGGUGGUCACCCCUGGCCCUGGCCCAGCCCAAAUUUUAAAAAUAUCUAAAUUUUAAGUCUAAAAAAUUCUGUGUAAUUUUUUUUCAAAAAUAUUCUUUGUACCGGCCCAGUCCGGCCAAGUGUCCUGGCUCCGCCCCUGAGUCCAUCCCUUUUGUGCAUGCUAAUCCUUUGAUUUUUCGAGACAAAUACUACAUAUAACACUACUAUUUUUGUAUCUCGACAACCACUUAGAAUGCGACGGACGGAUCACGGAU